AUGCCUAGGGAUCCACUGGUUGGUCUGGUUGGGAAGCCAUCCUCUGGAAAGUCGACAACAUUGAAUAGCUUGACGGAUGCUUCCUCGAAAGUCGGUAUAUUUACUACUAUCGAUCCGCAGCGCGCAAUUGGCUAUCUCCAAAUCGACUGUGCCUGCCAGCGAUUCGGCGUAUCAGAUAAAUGCAAGCCAAACUAUGGUGGCUGUUUUGAAGGGAAACGCUCCGUUCCGAUUGAGCUUCUAGAUGUUGCUGGUCUAGUCCCGGGGGCACACCAAGGACGCGGCUUGGGAAACAAGUUCUUGGAUGAUCUGCGUCAGGCAGACGCCUUGAUCCACGUCGUGGAUGUUAGUGGGACGACGGAUGCAGAAGGGAAGGCUACACGUGGUUAUGAUCCAUCACAAGAUAUCGAAUGGCUCAGGUCAGAAAUCGUGCGGUGGGUGUUGGGAAAUUUGAUGCAAAAAUGGGGCUCUAUUAAACGAAGACACGCAUCGAUAAAGGCAACUGCCGUGGAGACGUUACAGAAUCAAUUCUCAGGGUACGGAAGCACGCCACAAACUGUUGCACGAUGUCUGGACCGCUUAGAGUUGAAAGAACCACUUGAAGAGUGGUCAGAUGAAACUGUGGAGAAGGUUGUACAAACCUUCAUCGACGAGAAGUUUCCUACGGUGUUUGCUCUCAAUAAAAUUGAUCACCCAGAUGCGGAUAAAAAUAUCAGCAAGAUCGCGAAGAUGCAGGAUCCACGGAGCAUUGUCCUCUGCUCUGCCAUAUCCGAGGUUUUUCUUCGAAGACUUGCCAAACAAAACUAUAUCAAAUAUCUAGAAGGAAGUGAAUUCGUAGAUACAAGAGAUGACCUUAUUGCGGAUGGGGACCCGGAUGGAGGAGACCUCAGGGAAAUGGACGAGAAGUUGAAAACCCGAGUGGAAAACUUAAAGGACAUGGUCCUCUAUCGCUUUGGCUCAACUGGUGUCGUGCAAUGUCUUUCACGGGCUGCUGAGAUCCUUGGGCUUGUGCCGGUUUUCCCUGUGCGGAAUCUACACACUUUCUCAUCUGGAGCCGGUACUGCUGCAUUCCGAGAUUGCGUCCUGGUUAAAAAAAAUAGCACAGUGGGUGAUGUUGCACGCAAAGUUAUGGGUGAUGUGCCUAUAAAUUAUAUAGAAGGCGUUGGAGGCGUCCGGGUGUCGGAGGAUGAUAUCGUAGCAGUCGGGAAACACGAUGUACUCUCAUUUAAACCUGGACGGUAG